AUGAUGACCAGUGCCAAAUUUGCCCUUGAUACCUUUCGACCAUGGAUACAGUCGACACCUGAUUGUACUGUUUUUGAUCCUGUUGACCUGUGCCGGUAUCCGAGCCCCAUCUCAAUCGCGGAAACCCCCAUUUCUUCUUUUUCUGGUCGUGGCAUUGCCCUAGGGAAAUAUGAGCAGGAACGACUUCGGCAUCCCCUUCCUUCCCGUCCGCCAGUUGACGUCUGCGUGAAUAGCAGCCUCCCAGAUUCUACACCAACGGCUGUCGUUGAAGUCCUGAGCGAAAGUCCGUCUGCUGUAGCUGGAGCCCGCUAUCCCUCAACGGGUAUCACAGAUGAAAAUCUGCAGGCUCAAUGCGAAGAGCAUGCCACCUCGAUCGACCCGUCAAUGCUGCACCUGGGUUUUAUUGCGGAUUGUACUCGAACACCUACGAAUGACGAUGUCACCUUCACUGGCUGCCGUCCGCUUGACGAAAUAGCCAGCCUUGGCCAUGAUGGGCCAGAAAGUAACAUCAUGCCUACGAAUGCUCUUACAGUGUCCAAAAUCCGGGACCAGUUAAGCUCUAAAAAGCCGGCGGGAUGCUCUAAGCGUCCGCGUAAGAAGGCCUCGCCCCAACGGAAGAAAGCUUCUUCUACCACCCUUCAGUCUCAGUUUUCAGCCUCGCCGCCAGAUGAGAAGUUGCAGUUUCUCUCCUGGCUCUUUGAGGCAGCUACGUCUCGAUGCAGGCUUGAUCAUCAAACCCAGGGUGUUACUACUCCUCCAACGGCCCGGAGUCCAGAACUCGAUGUAUCCUCAGCCCCGCUACACGAACAGAACGGCGCGGCAUUCCCAUAUACCGAGACCCAUCCCGAUUCGCAUAGUCUCACAAGAAAGGGAAAGACUUGGACUGCGGAGGAAAAGAACCUCUUGGUCCGACUAAAGGAAGAGCUAGGUCUUCCGUGGAAGAAAGUAGCUAGGGAGUUUUCCGAACAAUUCCCGGGGAGAAGUAAAGGAUCCAUCGAGGUGUAUUACUGCACAACGCUUAAGCGAGAGAGAACGCUUGUAACUACCUAA